AUGAGGCGAUUCACCGAAGAACCGAAAGAAGGAAAGCAGCGAGCGCUCAUCACCGGCAUCACAGGACAAGAUGGAUCGUACUUGAGCGAAUUUCUCCUGGAGAAGGGCUACGAAGUCCACGGCAUUCUUCGCCGAUGCAGCACCUUCAACACAGAGAGAAUUGAUCACAUUUUCGACAAAUUGAAACUUCAUCAUGGAGACCUGCUCGACAGCUCCUGCCUCUGCGGCAUAGUCGCCGCGAUCCGGCCCCAUGAAAUCUACAAUCUGGCCGCUCAGAGCCACGUCAAGGUCUCCUUCGAGAUGCCUGAGUACACCUCGGAGGCGACCGGCGUCGGCAUCCUGCGGCUGCUCGAGGCGGUUCGCUCCGCAGGCCUAGAGAAGCACACCCGCGUGUACCAGGCCUCGACAUCUGAGCUCUUUGGCCGCGUUCAGGAAACGCCGCAGACUGAGAUGACGCCGUUCUAUCCGCGAUCGCCCUAUGGCAUCUCCAAGCUGUACGCGUACUGGAUGGUUGUGAACUACAGAGAGAGUUACGGAAUGUUUUGCGUAAACGGAAUCCUCUUCAAUCACGAGAGCCCGCGCCGAGGGAAGACCUUCGUAACGAGGAAAAUCACUCGCGCGGUUUCUCAGAUUGCCAAGGGCGUGCAGGAUCGCCUCGUGCUCGGGCACCUGGAUAGCUGGCGAGACUGGGGGCACGCGAAGGACUACGUGGAAGCCAUGUGGCUGAUGCUGCAGCAAGACGCGCCGCAGGAUUUCGUCAUUGCGACGGGCGAGCAGCACUCGGUCCGAGAGUUCUGCGAGAUUGCCUUUGGCUUCGCGGGCAUCGGCAUCAAAUGGGAAGGCGAAGGCCUGAGCGAGAAGGGCGUGGAUAAGGAGACCGGAAGGGAACUUAUCGUUGUCUCCCCGACGUACUUCCGCCCUGCAGAAGUCGAAAGCCUCCUAGGCGACGCAAGCAAGGCGAAAGCGAGUCUCGGCUGGAAGCCAACAACCUCAUUCUACGAACUGGUUUACGACAUGUUGCGGUUUGACUUCCAAGAGGCAAGUCUGAGUCUUCCCUCUUUCUCUGAGUGCAUGUCGCGAGCCGCUCGCCUGCGCGGGAAGGAGAGCGCCGAUUCGCAUGCUCCUGAAGGGCGUCCGUGA